AUGAUAAUUUAUCUUAUAUUGUUGCCUUAUUAAUUAACAUAAGCAAAUUGGAAUAUUCAAAUCUAAUAUUCUACAUUAUGUACUUGUAAAUAAAUAAAUCAACCUUAUUUAUGUAGUUCAAGUCAAUUUUGUUAACUUGAUUUGGAUUUUGAAUGCACAGAAGUGCUUAAUUAUAAUUGUUCAUAUUUUAAUGAAUAGACAGUUCUUUAUUUAUGUUCUUAAUUAGAUAGAUGUUUUUUAAAAGAUGAUAAAUGUGUAGAAUUGAAUAAUUGUACAGAAUUAACAGGUUUAACAGAUUAAGAAUGUUAUUAAAAAUCUAAUAGAUGUGGUACAUCAUUAAAUAAUGUUUGUUAAUUAACAUAAUGUAAAAGUUAUUUGAAUGAAAAUGACUGCAACAAAUCUUUAUUUAAUAUACGUUUUGAUAAUGUUGGAUAUGGAAAUGUUUGUUAUUGGAAUAAUCUAAUUUAAUAAUGUGAAAAUUUAUUAUGUGAAAAUGUAUCAGUAGAUUAGUGUUAAUAAUAUACAAAUUUAUGUUAAAUUGUAAAUAAUUUAUGUACAUGGGCAACUUGUCCAAAUUCAUCAAUUGAGAAUUGUAAUUUUGUAUGGGAAGGUUCAUAAAGAAAUGCAAUAUAACCAUGUGUAUUAAUUAAUGGAAUAUGUUAAAAUGCAAAUGGUCCAUAAGAUUUAAAUGCCAAAGAUUGCACUUAAAAUACACUAUAUACUUAUAUUUAUACAUCUGAAAAUAAUUGUUAGUCAUGCCAAUAUUCAAAUCAACUUUAUAUGUAAAUAUUACUAUUCAUCAUAUUAUUAUAUUAUUGA